UCCAGAGUGCUUAUUAACACGUGCUGGUCAACAAAACGAAGCAACAAGCAUCUUCCAAGAGCCUCCGCGAGUAUCUCGUUUGCCCACCAAGAGGCAAGUAUAAGUCAAGAGGUAAAGUAAGAAAGUAAAGCCAUUCGUAGCGAUCAUCCGCUUUCUUACCAUCUACUAUUUUGCACCUGCGUCUCGCCUUGAACAAGCUUGACCAAAAUCUUUGCCCUUCUCCAUCUUACCCAACCUUGAACAAGUGCUUUAAUCAUGUCCACCAAAUCCUCGGGCGCACCAACAGCCUCUUCAAGCCCAUUUGCACCGUCAGAUCCCCGAGCAGCCAACCUUUCGGAUGCGUCGUCUUCUUCCACCACUACUACUACUAGACCAACAAUCAUCGGAAUCUACGGCCUCCCCGGCGCCGGUAAAACGCAUCUACUGAACUAUCUCGAGCAGCACCUCGACCCUUCCCACUUCUCCUUCUUCGACGGCUCCCAAUCCAUCGCUUCGGUCGUUCCAGGCGGCCUGGCCGCGUUCCACACGCUCUCCCCAAUAGCAAAGACGGACUACCGCAAGAAAGCCAUCGACAGAAUCCGCGGACUGUGUGCCGAGAGGGGCAAAGCCGGGAUCGUAGCGGGCCAUUACAUGUUCUGGACAGAGAACAAGGGGCCGCAGUAUUGCUGCACGAAGGACGACCUCAACACCUACACACAUAUCAUCUACCUGGAUGUCCCGCCGGCGGUUGUGAAGGCGCGGCAGGAGGCGGAUACGGCAAGAGAGCGGCCGCGAUCUUCCGUCGAGCAUCUGCGGAAGUGGCAGGGCGCGGAGAUGAAGCAGCUGAGGGAUCUUUGCCGAAAGCAUGAGAUUUUGUUUGCGCGGCUCGAGAGGCAGGAGAACGUGCUAGAGCAUGUAGCACAGCUGAUCAAAGACUUCCAAGCGCAUAGCGAGGCGUACAAUACAACCGUUGUGGAAGGCGUUAUUGACGAGGUGAUGGAGACUCAGUUCCCUGGCGGGACGCCGAGGAGUGUGCUAGUCAUCGAUGGGGACCGGACUCUGGCGCCGCAAGAUACGGGGUCAUUGUUCUAUGAGAAGCUCUUCCAGAUGAGGCGUGAGAGCGCGACGCAGUGUCCACUGAGGACACUGUUCAGUAGCUCCAUGGGAUACUCGUAUACUGCCUUCCGUCAAGCGACCUUGCUUUACCAGGAAGCUGUGGACGAGCAUUUAUUCGAUGUUAUAUGUCGUGACGUAGCGUUAGGGGUAACUAUGUACCCGGAAUUCGUGUCCCUGCUGCACGCCAUGGCAGGACAAGAUCACGUCGGCGCAGUGGUGGUUAGCUGCGGCCUCCGUCGUGUUUGGGAAGAGCUGUUGAAAAGGGAGGGCCUAUCGGAUACUGUCAAAGUGGUCGGUGGAGGCCGGCUUUCUAACGGCUACGUCGUGACACCUGCGGUGAAGGCCGCCGUAGUAUCCCGUUUGCGAUCGCAGACGUCCAGUAAGGGUUUGACUAAGGUCUGGGCCUUCGGAGAUAGUCCGAUGGACAUUCCUAUGCUUCAAGCGGCAGAUGAAGCUGUGGUGGUUGUUGGAGAGGAGAAGAGGAGAAGUAAAACAAUGGACGAGGCCUUGCGGACUGCCAUCGAUGAGGAUGGUCUGAUGGCCCGCCAGGUUGUCUUACCAAGCACCGCGCCACCCAGAUUGGACAUCAAGAAGCUACCUCUAUUCCAAAUCACUUCACUAGAGUUCAUCGAUUCCAUCAACCUCCGGCCGUCCAAGUCCGCUGUCGAAAUAAUCCACGCCACUAACAGGACCGCCGCAAAGCUUUUAAUGACCCAGACCAGGGAUGCCAGCAUCUCUGGACCUGCUCUUCGAGAAGCCCAUCGGUGCGUUGGUUGGUACCUCGCCACUGAGUUCCUUUCGGACCUGGUUGGCGUGGAAGAAUGCCCCAUCCCGCACGUCCAAGGAAACCAGACGACUGGAUCCCGCCUCUACCACGAGACGCAGACACUGAUCGUGCCGCUGAUGCGCGGCGGUGAGCCCAUGGCUUUCGGUGUCAAUGACGCUUUUCCAAAGGCGAGAUUCCUGCAUGCUAAGGAGGCCCAAGACGUCAAGCUAGAAAAUCUGGAAGACCAAGUCACCGUUGUGCUGGUGGACUCAGUCAUCAAUAGUGGGAACUCUAUAAUGAAAUUUGUUGAGCGAAUCCGAGAGCUGCAUGCUACUGUUCGCAUAGUCAUUAUGGCGGGAGUGGUCCAAGCGGACGCCGUCUCCGAAGAUGUGGGGAGUCUGAAGUGUAGGCUGAGUGUUCAUGGCAGAAUCAGCUUGGUGGCGCUACGAGUUUCGCAGAACAAGUAUACAGGUAGCGGGGUUACCGAUACUGGGAAUAGGUUGUUCAAUACUACGCAUCUGCCGUAGAACAAUAUUAUAUGUCUCAGGUCUUACUGGCGAGGGCCCGUCGUGGAAAUCGAAGAGUAGUAGCCCUGGACCGAUCACUUUAAGUGAUAAGAUGAAUAGAAAUGAAGAGACCAACAGAAAGACGAAAACGCGUGAAAUUUUGAAAAGAACCCGUGAGCUCUCGCCCUCUCUCGUCUCCUCGUACGUACUCUUAUUACCACAGCCGUACACGACACAGUAUCACUUUCCUCUCAAGUCCCGAGCCCAGAUCGAGUGAUUUUAUCCACCAUCAAAGACUCGGUGCGGCUAU